GAAUGUUCUUUUCCAAUUUCUUGCAGGUCUUUGGUUCCUUAUAAUUCAACAUCCUUCUCAAAAUCUCUUUUGUAGGAAGGAUAAUGGUAUCAAGUUCUUGCAUAAACUUGUCGGACUUGGUAUCCGGGGACAUGUUUAAUUCCUCACAAACUCCUAGAAGAUUACCUCGGGUUAUGACUGAUCCUGGAAUUGUCUCUGACGUAGAUGGUUGGGAAACGAAUGAUGGAGAUGCUGCCUCUUCUGAAUGCCGCGGAAAGAAAAUUAUCGUGGCAAAUUUUCUUCCUUUACAAGCUCAAAGGGAUAUAAAAUCUGGUGGAUGGUCGUUCAGUUUUGAAGAAGAUUCGCUUCUGUUACAAAUGAAGGACGGCUUUUCAUCUGAUACUAAAGUUGUCUAUGUCGGGUCCUUGAAGGUUGAUGUGGAUUUGAGUGAACAAGAUGAAGUUUCUGGGAUAUUGUUAGAGGAAUUCAAUUGUGUGCCCACAUUUCUUCCUCCUGACCUUCAGAAAAGGUUUUACCAUGGGUUUUGUAAGCAUUAUUUAUGGUCCCUUUUUCAUUACAUGCUACCUAUGUGCCCCGAGUAUGGUAAUCGUUUUGACAAGUUGCUUUGGCAAGCUUAUCUUUCUGCCAAUAAGAUAUUUGCAGAGAAGAUAGUGGAGGUAAUCAAUCCAGAAGAGGAUUAUGUGUGGGUUCAUGAUUAUCACCUUAUGGUUUUCCCGACAUUUUUGAGGAAACGUUUUCAUCGAGUUAAGCUUGGAUUUUUCCUUCACUGCCCAUUCCCAUCCUCAGAAAUAUACCGGACACUGCCAGUCAGGGAUGAAAUUUUAAAAGCACUGCUUAAUGCAGACUUGAUUGGUUUUCAUACAUUUGAUUAUGCUCGCCACUUCCUUUCAUGCUGCAGCAGAAUGCUUGGCCUUGACUAUGAAUCGAAGAGAGGACACAUUGGACUUGAAUAUUUUGGUCGUACUGUCUACAUAAAAAUUUUGCCUGUUGGGAUUCACAUGGGCCAACUCCAAUCUGCACUGAAUCACCCAUCUUCUUCUACUAAGGUCAAAGAAAUUGUUCAGAAGUUCGAGGGGAAAAAGCUUAUCGUUGGUGUUGAUGACAUGGAUAUAUUUAAAGGCAUUAGCCUAAAAGUAUUAGCUAUGGAACGGCUCUUACAACAGCAUCAAGAGUUGCAAGGCAAUGUAGUCCUUGUUCAAAUUGUAAAUCCUGCAAGAAGCACUGGGAAAGAUGUUCAGGAAGCAAAAAGGGAAGUAUACGAGAGUACUCAAAGGAUAAAUAAUGCUUUCGGUUUUUCAGGAUAUGAACCGGUGGUCCUGAUUGAUCGCUGUGUCACUUCCUGUGAGAAAACUGCUUAUUAUGCAUUUGCAGAUUGUUGUAUUGUAAAUGCACUGAGGGAUGGAAUGAACCUAGUUCCAUACAAGUACACCGUUUGUAGACAGGGGACUUCCAACAUGGAUGAAGCUUUGCAAAUUGCUGCUGGAUCUCCUCGUACGAGCAUGCUUGUUGUCUCAGAGUUUAUAGGUUGUUCACCGUCCCUAAGUGGGGCAAUCAGGGUUAAUCCUUGGAACAUUGAUGAUGUAGCUGAUGCAUUAAACAUGGCCAUCACUAUGCCUGACGUUGAGAAGCAACUGCGGCAUGAGAAGCACUAUCGCUUUGUGAGUUCUCAUGAUGUUGGUUAUUGGGCCCAGAGUUUUAUACAAGAUUUGGGGAGGGCAUGCAAAGAGCAUUACAGCAAAAAUUGCUGGGGUUUUGGUUUUGGACUGAAUUUCAGGACAUUGUCCCUUUCUCCAACUUUUAGAAAGCUUUCCGAAGAAAACAUUGUCUCUGCUCAUGGAAGGACAUGCAGAAGAGCCAUUUUUUUGGAUUAUGAUGGGACAUUGGUGCCCCAUUCGUCAAUUACUAAAAGCCCUAGUCCUGAGGUUAUAUUGGUUCUGAACAAUCUAUGCAGUGACCCCAAGAACACCGUCUUUAUAGUUAGUGGUAGGGGGCAAAACUCCCUGAGUGACUGGUUUGUACAAUGUGAGAAUAUAGGUAUAGCUGCCGAGCAUGGAUACUUCAUAAGGUGGAGUAGGUCAUCCAAGUGGGAAACUAUUCCAGUUGCUGCAGACUUUGGAUGGAAAAGAAUUGCUGAACCAGUGAUGAAAUUGUAUGCGGAGGCGACUGAUGGCUCCUAUAUAGAGUCCAAGGAGAGUGCCUUGGUAUGGCACUAUCAAGAUGCUCCACCUGAUUUUGGAUCUUGUCAAGCGAAGGAACUACUGGAUCAUCUGGAAAGUGUCCUUGCCAAUGAGCCGGUUGUUGUUAAAAGGGGCCGUCAAAUUGUUGAAGUGAAGGCACAGGGAGUUACCAAAGGCUUUGUUACGGAGAAAAUUCUUUCCACCAUGACAAGUAAUGGGAAACCACCAGAUUUUGUCUUGUGCAUCGGUGAUGAUCGAUCAGAUGAAGACAUGUUUGAAACUAUAUCAAAUGCAGCUUGCAUAUCAUCUCUCCCUGUUCCUCCAGAAGUAUUUGCUUGCACUGUUGGUCAGAAACCAAGCAAAGCUAGCUAUUAUCUACAUGAUACUAGUGACGUAUUGUCGUUACUUCGUAGCUUGGCUGCUGCUUCAAGCUCAAUAACGGCAACAAGCGGCACAAGAACCGAAGUUUGUUUUGAAAGUUGUUCUUGAAACAUGAUGUAUUUGGUUGUGCUUUGGAUUAGAGUGGCAUGAAUUGACAUGGUUUAGGUUAAAGAAUAGAUUCAUGGC